UAUUAUCUAUUCCUUCCCCGUCUUCCUCUCGCUUUCUCUCUCUCUCUCUAAGAACACCAAACAAAGCGAACGAGAUCGAAAGGAACGAACGCGAGCGCGCUCGUGGCGAUCGCCGCCCCCGAUCUCGUUUGGCGGAGUCGCGAUCUCGAUCUCGGGGAUCGUCUUCGAGUCCGUGUGUUGUUCCGGCGCCGAUCGCCGCGGUAGUCGGAAGCCGCCCUCCGCCGGUGAGGGAUUCUAGGGUUUGGGACGCUGGAGGAAGGGGAUUCGGGAGAUUUCGUUUUCUGGAUUUUUCUAGCUAGGUGAGGGAGAGGUGCGGAAGGGUGGGGGGUUUCGUAAUUGGAUGCUGUCGGCGGCGAGGAGGGUGGAUGCCAGAAGGGGGCUAGGAGGCAUGGAGGAGGAAAACGAGCUCGAGGAAGGCGAGGCGUACUCCGGUCAGGAGGACGGCCGAUUCAUCGACCCUGAUGCUCUCUCCUACAUCGACGAGAAAAUACAGGAUGUCUUGGGACAUUUUCAGAAAGAUUUUGAAGCUGGGGUCUCUGCAGAAAAUUUGGGUGCAAAGUUUGGAGGAUAUGGUUCAUUCUUACCUACUUAUCAACGUUCUCCUUCCAUUUUAUGUCAUCCUAAAAGUCCACAUAAAGUGGGAAAUCAAGAUGUCACAAAAUCUCCCUCAGUUGAGGUUACAAACCAGAACACUUCAAUUAUGUUGAAUUCAUCUUUUCCCAAAAGUAAUGCUACAGCAGUACCAUUAGUGGACAAUUCAUGCAAACGGGAUAUCUCUACAAAUAAACCAAACAUUCAGGGCCCUAGUUCUAUGCGGACACCAUUUAGUAAGACAGCUGAUGGCACUGACCACAAAACACUGAAGCUUCGCAUUAAAGUGGGUCCUGACAACAACUUGGCUCGAAAUAAUGCUGCUAUUUACAGUGGUCUAGGCCUAUAUAAUUCUCCAUCAUCAUCUUCUGAGGAAAGCCCUGAUGGAAGUAAUGGAAUUUUUCCUGAACCACAUGAUACAUCUGAUGAAUCUCCUAGGACCAUUCUCCAGCUUAUGACAUCUUUUCCUAUUCCUGGUGUCAAUUUGCUUUCACCACUCCAUGAUUAUUUAUUCCACUCGAUUGAAAAAGAUCUCCCUUUGAACAAACCAUACAAACAAGGGAAAUUGUCCAAGGAAAGGUCUGAAACUACUUCUGGCUUUAUUGACUUUUCUAUACAUUCAAGAGAAUCAAAUGGUCAGCCUGAGAGGCCAACUAAGUUGAGUCUGCAGAAUGGGAGGUCAAAGGGAGCAAAGUACCCGGAAGACAAAAGUGCUGUAAUCUUGAAUAGGGAAGUUGACAUAGAAGCUCGACCAGCGCAAGAGCUUGCCUCUGAUUCUUUUGGUAGGGUUUCUUCCAAUUCAAAAAAUACUAAAAAAGCAGAAGGGCAAAUAAGUGAAGACAUUACACUUACUGAAACUAAAACACUGGAUCACCCAUUGGAUAUCAGAAAGGAUUUAUCAAGGGACAAGCCCAUUACAGGUCCUACAAAAGAUAGACAGUUUGAGUUGGUUGAUAGCACAAUAGAUAACGGGGCUGGCUACUCGGCGAACAGAAUCAAUCAGCCAAAAGGAAAAUUGAGUGAAAAAACAAGCAUGAUAGAGAGGGCAUUAGAGGAUCGAAAUGCAAAUUCCCAAAAGAAUGGGAAAUCUGAUCUCCAGAGAGAAGUGAGGCUCAAGACUGAUAAAGAUUCUGAGAUUCCCAAUGCUGACAUAAGUGGAGAGAAGAGGAGGAAUGAGCAAGUAGCUGAAGCUGCUGAUCAGACUAUGCAAAGUUCUUCUCCAUUCAAAGACAUGGUGCUGCAAAGGAGGGACCAAUUAUCUGACAAGAAAAGUAAAGUAAUCACAAGUCAAUCUGAUUCUGGAGAGGUUGUGAAAGCCAGUGUCUGUGGAAGCUUAGCCACAGAACUAAAUGAAAAGAGGAAAAAUUUGGAGAAGAAGUCCAAGGGUAAAAAAUCACUUAAAUAUCCUAGUGGGUCUUGCACUAACGAAUCCUAUGGAAAUAGCAACUGGGUCGUCAAAGCUGAAGAGACUGGAGUUGGUUCAUUGAAUAAUUUAAAGGUCAAGAAUAAGGCCAUGAAGCACAAGGAUGAAGAGUCCAUUUUGCCUUCUCAGCCAGUUAGGGAAAGGUCUGGUGGUAAAAAGAUGGGGAGCACUCUAGCUUUAGGUACAUCUGUGGGUAAACCGGUACCUGUACCUUUGACUUGCAAUGACCCUGCUGCAGAUGCAACCAUUGCGCCUCAAGCCUCCAUUGUUAUUGAAGAGAAUUGGGUACAAUGUGACAUUUGUCAGAAAUGGCGGCUCUUACCAUAUGGUACCAAUACUGGCCAUUUGCCUCAAAAAUGGAAAUGUAAUUUGCUGGAUUGGUUGCCAAGGAUGAAUAGUUGUCAUUUCAGUGAGGAUGACACAACAAAUGCUCUGCAUGCAUUGUAUAUUGCCCCAAUUUCGGAGAAUGUUGCUAGCUUAGAUGGUUUUGGACAUUCUAUUGCUAGCACAUCUUUGGCUAGUGGAGUUCAUCUUGGUGUGCCUACUAUAAAGAAGAAAAGUUCUCAAAAAGAUGCUUCAGCACUAAAUCAAUCAAUCUCUACAGAGUUUCCAAUUGCUUUAAAAAAGGAGGACCAGAUCUCUGUUAAUGAUACUAAUCAAUAUCUUCCUGCUGAGAUUAACUUGUCAAAUAAAGGCACAGUUGGUACUCUAGGCAAAUCGGCUGAUUUCAGAACAGAAAAGCCUAAACCAAAGCAAAAAGACAAGCAUAAAAAUCAUGGAUUCUAUCCAAGUGGAGGUAACCAAAGUGAAAAAAAUGAGAAACAUUCAAAAUCAAAAGGCAAGAGAAUGAUUGAUCAAGAUGGUCUUAGAGCACCAAAGAAGCACAAGAAAGAAAGCUUGCAGAGCUUAGAAUAUGAUAUAAAAGGCGAUCCAUCACCAUCAUCUAACAAAGUAAGGAAUGAUGUUCAGUUUUUCAAUAAUGGACAGAUCAAGGAUCAUCUCAAUACCUCAGAUGUGGAGAAGUCCCUUUCUACAAAGAAGAAAUUUAUGCGCCAUGAGAGUCAGCACAACCAGAAACGGUUUAUGGCGAGCCAAAAUGAGGAUAACAGGGUUAAUAUCAAAGAAAUUUUUAGUGAAUCGGAGAGUGUUCAGGAUAAAAAGGCUGACUUGUUAACGUCUGAAGGAAAGAUAUCCAAGACUAAUAACCUUAAUAACAGGAUGGAUAAAAAGCAAACAAUAUCUAGAACAGUUUUGGUUGCCAAUGGAGAUUACUUACCCGAUGAAAUGGAUGUGGAAGCAACCAAUUUAGUCGAAAAAGAGUGCCCCUCACGUCGGAGCCAGGAGAAUGCAGCAUUUUCAAGAGAUUUGGACUUUGGUUCCUUGAGGAGGGAUUCUACGAAGACGGGGGGUACUAACUCUGUGCAACCUAGUUUAGCAGCUAAUUCUAGUUCUUCAAAGGUUUCUGGUUCCCAGAAAAGUAGAUGCAAUCUUCCAGAGUCAAAGGGUUCUCCUGUUGAGUCAGUUUCUUCAUCACCUUUGAGGAUACCAACUAUGGAAAAACAAUCGCGCAAAAAGGUUUCUGAUAAAAAAUAUGAUACUAACACUGAUUACUCUGUUUUGAGAAGCCCAAAAAGAUGUUUAGAUGUUGAAGUCGAUGGAAGAAACAGACCUUCAACAAAGCGCAGGAAGGAUAUGGUCUCUUCUUUUCAGAAACAAUCUAUUGAAGGUCAUAAAACAGCAAAUUCUGCUAUUCUGGAUUCUUUGGGAGGGGCUGUCGAUUACUUGGAGAAGGGAAGAACCCGAUCAACUGUUGGCAAAUUUGAAGAAAAACUACUUGUGAAACAGAGUGCCCAUGAUAAACUUUUGCCUAUUGAGAAUGGAGAUAAUCCAUACAAGGACGAUUAUCAGGACAUAAAGAAAGUAAGUAGGCAACACCAAGUAGUUGACCCUACUCACCGUACGUCUAGCAAGAGCUCUUCAGGGUUUAAAGAGAAACAUCGAGAUUCUAAGUCCGAUUCAGAAAAAAGUAGGCUUAAGGCUCCUUGUUCUCAUUCUGAUAACAAAGAUUUGAACUCUGCAAAUAAUGCCAGGAGCUACAGACUUGAGGUUGCUACUGAUUCCUAUAGGAAUGAAAAAGAUGACAUCCAUGGCAAGUAUGCGAAGGAUUGCUUGCUGAAGAAGGGCCACAGUUCAAGAUGGAUGACAAGUAAAGAAGAUAAUAGCUUGGCAUUUGCUUUGCAAGAUAAUAUGGACGUGAAUGGUCCUUCUAUGCUUUCCAGUCAACAAAGAAAUUUAGAUUCAAAAAAUUCAGUUACUGGGACUAGAAGUUUGAAACCAGAAUUUCAAGUGACACAUUUAGAACAUGAGAAAACAAUGAACCAAAAUGGUUCACAUAAGACUCAUAUCCCGGAUCUUCUGUCUGGACAAGCAAAAUCAGAGUUCAAACUAGCUUCUGGAGAUAAACAAGAGACUCAAGCUCCUGAUAUUGUUUCUUCACCACCGAAGCAGCAAAGGUCCGAUGGUGAGAUGGUUGAUGCAGUAACUACUGAUGCCUUGAAAGUAGGAAAACAACAUAAGCAUCCAGAUAGUCAUACUGGAGUACACCAUAGUAAUAUGAGGCAUGCCCUUCCUAGUGGUCCUGACACAUCCAGUCCAACAAAAAAGGAAAACUAUACUCUCCUCGUUAAAGAGGCAAGAGAUCUUAAACACACAGCCAAUCGCCUAAAGAUGGAAGGACAAGUGCUUGAAAGCACUAGCCUAUUCUUUCAGGCUGCCUUGAAAUUUCUCCAUAUUGCCUCUCUUAUAGAACCUGCCACUUUUGAUAGUGCCAAGCUAGCAGAAGCAGCACAAAUGUACUUUGAAACAGCAAAACUUUGCGAAUUUGUAGCCCGUGAAUGUGAGAAAAUCAAGGACAUGGCUUCAGCUGCUCUAGCAUACAAGUGCAUCGAAGUGGCAUUUCUCAAGGCUGCAUACUGUAAAAAUCCGAAUGCAAGCAGAGAUCGACAUGAUUUGCAAGCUGCUUUUCAGUUUCUUCCUCCAGGUGAAUCACCAUCUUCUUCUGCGUCUGAUGUUGAUAAUUUAAACAAUCAGGCGUUAUUGGGAAAGAAUGCUUCAGUGAAGGGUGUAAGUUCUCCGCAGGUCGCUGGCAACCAUAUUUUAGCUGCACGGCAUCACCUUCAAGUUAUGCGGUUGCUUCAUUAUACAAACGACCUAAACUGUGCAUUCGAGGCAACACGGAAAUCACAAAUUUCGAUUGCAGCUGCUAGUGCCAAUCUUGACAAGGACAGGCCAGAUACCCUGUCUUCAGUGAGAAAGGCUCUCGAUUUCAACUUUCAUGAUGUGGAAGGGUUGCUUCGUCUUGUAAGACUUUCACUGGAGUCUAUUGGACAUUAAAUAAAGCAUGCAAUAGGAGAGCUCUUCUGUGAAUAGACCUGUAGAAAACUUUCUACUACUGCAGUCUCUUCUUUGGUGGAUAUCCUAGGGUGAAAAACAAUUUUCUGCUGCAAGUCAAAUAAUGUUUGUCUUCUUGAAGGGAGUGGACACUGGACACUGGACACUGGACACUUUCGGGUUCAUUCAGCCAGAAAUGUGUAAAGAGAAACUGGCUUGCAAAUUUUUGUAUGGUGGAUCUUGCAGGCUUUGUUGUCUUACAUACUGACAAAGGGAUUAGACAGCCACCAAAAUGCAUGAGAAAUGUGUGUGGGUUGUAUUGUCGCCAGUCUGCCGCUAAACAAACUGGAAUUUGCAUGAGCUGAUGGUGCUGUGCGCCCAGAUAUUGAUAUUUACGCACUAAGGCAAGGUCCAAUGCUCACAUAUGUCGUUGUUAGGAUCUCCUUAAGAGACAUCUGGGAGCAUAUCUGAAACUGGUACACAUGCAUGAAAUGCUCUAUAAAAGCUCACAGUCACCAAGUGCUGGCGGCCAGCAACCUCUUUCAAAUGCUUGAAGUUCCAUAGCAUCUGAUACAACCAACACGGUUUUCUAGUUUAUCAUCAAUGAGGUAGACUACAUUCCUUGUCUAAAGGAACUAAUCAAGUUUGUGUUCUUCUAACAGAAUCUUCUGCUUACCAUUCUGUAAGAGGGUGUAUCUAUCCAUAUCAGUGUAAAAUAUACUAAGAAUAGCAACAGCUGGGGGUGGUUGUGGUAGGUUCAUGUGCAUGUCAGUCUUCCGGCCAAGCUGUGAAAUUGAUGACUGCUUGGGGUUUAAAGCUCGGAGCCUCUGCCCCAUGCCUUGCCUGCUUAACGUCGCUGAGUAAUUCUUUCAUUUUUUUUAAAUAAAUAUUGUAAAGCCUAUUUGUCGACAUGAAUAUUCAUAUCACUACCGUUUGUUAUUGAUUUUAUUUUUUUUACUGAAUAAACUUUGUUUUGAAAACCUUCAGGAUGAUUUUUUUUUUCGUCUGUGAAUAAAAUAGAGCAAAUUGAUGAAAAAU